GUUAUGUACUUUUUGCGAAUAUUGUUGAGCCUUUGUUCCCUAUAUCCCCUGUUGAAUCUAGAGAAGGAUCUAGUUUCAGGCAUUCAGUCUUGAAAGAAUGGACCAAAAAAUCGUUACCAUACUCUUAUCAAUUACGGGUUUCUUACUGCAUCAAUUUCACAUUUGGUCAAAAAUUAAAACUAAGACAGUGAUUUCUGGUGCUGUUGCAGGUAGUUGUCGGUUGUUUCAUUGCAGGUCAGGAAUUAAAUUCACCAAACCAAGCCACUCCCGUAGCUGGUCCACCAAAGCUCAGCGGCCAUGGAGCAUCAGGAGCUGGAAGUCCAGCAUCGCGUGGGACCAUGAGUGAAUCCUCUGGGGGGCCCGGAAGCCCUCUUAACCAGAGUACUGGAGCAUGCAAUAAUAAUAGCAAUCUGCAAGGCUUGAACAACUUCAACUUGUCUUGGAAAUAAGACUGAUGACCAAUAAAAUGGCUUUGCUCUCUUCGAGGCUUAUUCUGUGGAUGUGCUGUGCUAACCUCCAACAAUCCAAAUGUUAGGAAGCUGAUGUGUAACUUGUGACCGGCUUAUGUGUAAUGCAUAUUUGCUUCUGGGAAAAGACCAUAUGAGCACUGCAAUUGUGCAAAAACUAAAAACCUAUUCCCAUCUCCCCCUUAUGAGGCACCCUUUAGUGACUAAACUACAUAAAAAUAGUUGGAUAUUGUGUUUUAGAUGGUUCUAAAAAUUAACGUUUAGUGUUAUUCUUCCGUUGCAUGUGGCUGUGUGUUGUCUUGUUGAUCCUGAAAGGUUAGUAGCUGUUCAUAUGCUUUCUGAAUUUGAUCAUCAGAGUUUGCUUUUUGCCGAGUUUUUUAUAGAUCAGGUUGAGUUGUUGGUUGGUUGGAUUGUUUUUACUAUCCAAGUGGAUGACAUCUCAGGUGAUGACAACUUGAAUUGCUUGGUUGUAUUGUAUGUUUGUUUCUCUGAGCUUUGAUGAUGUGAUUACAAUACACUGAUCUUGCGUCCUCAGUUCAGUAAUUCUUUUGAAGUCAAUUCCUGGUUUUUUCCUGGUAAAUUGCCUAGUGCUUGUAGAAUUGAGUCUGCCAUGCUUAGGAACUGAAUGUGCAUUGAAAUGGUGAUUUUUUUUUCUCUUUUCUUUUUUUUGGGCUGUGUUGGUUUGGUUGGCUUUUUUUUUUUUUGUUGGAAGAGUGGUUAUGUCUAGUGUUUGCCAAAAAACUGUUAAGCCAAGCCAACUUAACAUGUGUGGUUUGAUAAAGUUGGUGAGUUGGGUUGGAUUGGUUGGGCGAUAAAAUUGAUUGGUUAGUUAAGCUGAUUGUUAAAAUUUGUUAACUCAUCUGCAAAUUGAUCUAAUUUGUCUGGCUAUCUGUAAAGACAAAAUUGCUUUGUACCUACUCAUGUAUAAUCUCUCUCCCUAAUCUUAUUAUCUACGUAAUGUUCAUUGCAUAUAUAUUUUUAAUUUAAUUGUUCUGUAUAUUAAUUUGUGAAGUGAAAAAUAUUUGCAUUCAAAUAAUUUUUAAGCUUUGUAUCAGGAUCGGGAAUAAAUAAUCAAUUUAUUGUUUGAAAUUGUAAAAUAAGUUAAUUUUGUAGUCAUUGAUGAUUUAUCUUAUUUUGUAUUUCUUAACCCCCUAGUACCUUAGUGCGAGAGAGGAGGUUGUUACUUUGUGAAAAAGCCGAGAGAACCAUGUUCACAUAUGAUGCAGAAGAAAGAGGAAGAGGAUUCCAUAGAUAUAAUAAACAGGGAUGAAGAUGAGGAAGAACUAAAGAUGGAAAAUGAUGUUGGGAAAAGAGUAGACAAUAUAAGACUCUCAUAUUCAACGAAUAGGCGACAGGUUACAGAGGAAGAGAAGCAAAGAGCCUAUCGAUUAGCCACCAGACAUUCAUCGGAUCUGCCUUCAGUUCUCAUCACUAUGCAGCCUAGCCAUGUCUACAAGUUUUUUCUAUUGAUGCAGACAAUCCCUAAAAAAUGGGCAGUCAGGCAUAUCUCCAACAGAUCUCAGGAGAUUCAGCUGAGAGUCCCUCCAAGAGAGAAGAAAUGGACAGCUCAAGUCAGAUACAGACCUGCAGGAAUUGUUGUUCAUAAAGGAUGGUCCAAGUUUUCCGUGGACAACAACUUGGAAGAACAUGAUGUGUGCAUCUUUGAGCUUUCUCAGGGAGGAAAAGGCAACAACAUGCCCGUUGUCUUAGAUGUUUUUAUAUAUCGUGUUGUGGAUGAACUUGUUCCCUUGACUCAAUCCUAUGUUCCACUGUCACAUCAAAAGAUAACCCGUAGGGAAAUAUGAAUAUGCCAACUAGUGCUUAUGUUUUUAUAUAUUCUUACUUCAAACAGACAAGAUGGUUUUUGUGAGAUUGAUCGCUGUUAAACGUUAAUUUCUUCA